AUGACCCAGGUUACUCCAAUGGCAACCUUAAUUGGUCUGGUGAUUGGCACUCUGAUUCUAUGUGCCAAUUUCCAGUUCGGGCUGCAAACUGGUUGGGUCUCUAUGAUGUCUAUGCCCGCGGCGCUUUUGGGGUUCGCAUGGUAUAGGGCCAUUAGAUGGCCGCUCAACCCGCAGGAGCAUGUCUAUAUACAAAGCGUCGCCGUCGCCGUCGGCAGUGGGCCGUUAUCUUUUGGGUUUGUCGGUGCGAUUCCUGCAAUCGAAAAGCUCAUCAACCGCAAUGAGGGUCAGACCCUGCUGUCGGUGCCGCAGCUCUUGGUCUGGUCUUUCGGAUGUGCGUUUCUUGGCAUAUUUACUGCCAUGCUUUUGCGCAAAACUAUUGUGCUUGCACAGAAACUCAAGUUUCCCAGUGGCAUUGCCACGGCGUCAUUGAUUGGUGUUCUUCAUGCAAAGCCCUUGCCGGCAAUUGACUGCUCCAACCAGCUGGACCGGGAGCCUGAAAACCCCCAGCCCAGUGAUCCUACAGAAUACAAAAAGAGCAUUAAAACUAUGGCAUCAAUGUUCGGACUGUCGGCAGCUGUAUCUCUGAUAUCGUUGUUUGUACCUAUACUCAAAGGUUUGCCAAUGUUUGGUCCGGUGGCUGCGGGGUGGAACUGGAAACUAGACAUUUCCCCGGCAUAUGUUGGCCAGGGCAUUAUUAUGGGAUUGCCAACCACCAGCUCGAUGUUAUUAGGCUCGAUUCUGGGCUGGGCCAUACUAGGACCGUUGUCCAAAGCAAAAGGAUGGGCACCGGGCGAUGUCGACAACUGGACCGACGGUGCACAGGGCUGGAUCAUGUGGGUAGCGAUCGCAAUCAUGGUGGCCGACACGUUCGUUUCGCUUGGAGAUAUGAUGAUCAGAAUGAUUAUUGAAGCUGUGCAGGCACAGCGUACUCCAACCGUUGAUUCGGAAGAGCUCACUCGACUAACCGAUUAUGCCGACAACGAGUCCGCUUCGACGCCCUCAAGUGGAGUGGAUGUUCAAAAACCAAAUGCUGAUGUGGAAAGUGACCCCAAUGAACGGAAGAUUGCCCUCAUUGGCUUGCUUGUCGCUUCCACAAUCUGCGUGCUUCUCAACAAGCUCGUAUUUCAGUCGCAGCACAUUUCCACCCUUAUUCUAGCCGUGGUAAUUGCUCCUUUUUUCUCGCUCCUUGCUGUGCGGGCCCUCGGUGAUACAGACUUGAACCCAGUUUCUUCGAUAGCCAAGCUUAGCCAGCUUCUAUUUGGUGUUUUAUUCCGCAACCAUAAAUACGCGGUUCUGGGGAAUAUACUUGCCGGCGCCGUAAGUGAAGCAGGUGCUCAGCAGGCUGGAGAGCUGAUGCAGGAGUUCAAAACUGGUUGGCUUUUGGGGGCCUCUGCAAGUGCCCAAACCAUUGGCAUCACCAUCGGCACGCUGUGGUCAAUAGUGCUGUCCCCGUUGGUUUACAAACUAUACUCAUCUGCAUACCGUAUUCCCGGCAAAGAGUUCAGAAUUCCCGCUGCAUUCAUCUGGACCGACUGUGCUCGUCUUGUUGUUGGAAAGGGGCUCCCCAAUCACGCUGCGUCGUUCGCUCUUGUCCUCGGUCUUAUAUCCAUGUGCUUGGCUCUACUAAAGCUCAGGAUCAAAUCCCCGUGGAUUCCUUCAGGUGUGGCAAUUGGCAUUGGUAUGUAUAACGUACCAAGCUUCACUCUGGCUCGGUUUGUUGGCGGCCUGAUUUUCCACUUCAGCGAGGGCGACAACAUCAAGGAAUCGCCUCAUCUGGUUAUUCUCUCCAGCGGCCUGGUCUUGGGCGAGAGUAUCAUCAGCGUCCUGAGCUUGGUUUCCACUGUAAUUAAAAAGUAA